AUGCUUGUCAAAGACAAACUGGAAAUGGCCACAACAUUCUUUGCAUUGAUCCUCGUGAUAUUCAUAGCCCCGAGAUAUUUCUAUGCGGGCCAGGUUCUCAUAUCAAUGGUAACAUAUUCAGCAUUUGUGUCUCUCAUAAAGCCAGUCGCAAGAAGAGGCAAGCUAUACUUCAGAAUCAUUAAUGUCCUCCAUGUCAUUGCAAAGAUCCUGACCCUUAUAGCUUUCUUCAUAGUCAUGAACAACGUGUUUGUAAUGAGGUCAGGAUACAAGAAUUGCAGCGAAUGUUCCAUUAUGUCAACGGCAAACAUUUUCAUAUCGAUUCUGUUUUUCAUAUACUACUCGGUGUAUUCGACGGCCUUCGUUUUCUUCUUCAGUGUUUCUAACAAAUGA